GAGGAUUUAGUACUGUAGCGAGUUUCGUGGUGUUACUUGAUCUGUAGUCAGCAUCUCUUUCAUUCUCGCGCUGCCACAACACGUAUAUAUGGCAGACUAAAUAUACAGAAUAUUAAACAGCUGGUGGCGUCUAGACAUCUCCAUCCCCAGUGUUACAUACCCAUUAGUAGCCACACGUGAUCGCUGAUAGGCUGAGUCAGCAGGCGAUAAACCUUUGCUCUUUUCGGCCAGGCAGCGCCUCCUCGUUCCCAACUCCGAUCCCUCUGCGCUGCUCCCUUCGUCCCUUUCCUUUCGCUGGUUUUUUUUCGUCUUUGGUUCGUCGGUCAGAUAUCUCUUUUGUCUCAGUACAUCUUCAUUUUCUUCUCCAGUCGUUCCUUUUUCAUCCCGUUCUUGUGCCGAGUUGCUUUCUGUUGGUCGACGGCGCAAGCGCAUGCUUCUGUAAUACUUCACUUCACUUGGACACUUUCAGUAUGGCGGCACCACCAGUCAGACAAUGGGGAGUUACCCCUCCCAUCUCCACCGUUCUACCGACCCCCGACGAGCUUGCAGCAAACGAUGAUCUUAUCACGGAGUUGAAAGUGCAGAAUAAUUUCGAGAGCCCUGCGGAGACGGAACGAAGGAAACAAGUAUUGCAGCUCAUCCAGCGUGUUACCGUCGAAUUCGUCAAAACAGUCAGUCGGAAGAAGGGCCUUUCUCAAGCAGCCGUCGAGGCCGCCGGAGGGAAGAUCUUCACGUACGGAAGUUAUCGCCUGGGUGUUUAUGGACCGGGCUCGGAUAUUGAUACCUUGGUUGUCGGCCCGAAGCAUGUUAUUAUCGAUGACUUCUUUUCGGAUUUCCCCCCGAUUUUAGAGAAGAUGGCUGCUCCGGGAGCUAUCGAGAAGAUGACUCCGGUCCCAGACGCCUACGUUCCGAUCAUCAAACUUGAAUUGUCCGGCAUCAGUAUCGAUUUGAUCUUUGCUCGCUUGAUCAUUCCUUCCAUUCCUAUGAAUCUGGAUCUCAAGAACAAUGAUUACUUGCGGGGUCUGGAUGAGAGGGAGGUGCGGUCGCUUAACGGCACUCGUGUGACGGACGAGAUUUUGGAGCUCGUGCCCCAGCAGAAGACAUUCCGACUUGCUUUGCGCGCUAUUAAGCUUUGGGCUCAGCGCCGUGCGAUCUACUCGAACAUUGUCGGUUUUCCGGGUGGUGUUGCUUGGGCCAUGUUGGUGGCGAGAGUGUGUCAGUUGUACCCCCAGGCUACCGGCUCGGUGAUUGUGGGCAAAUUCUUCCGGAUCAUGAACAAGUGGGCUUGGCCUCAGCCGGUUCUAUUGAAGCCGAUUGAAGAUGGACCUCUGCAGAUGAAGGUCUGGAAUCCCAAGAUCUACCACGGCGACCGUUUCCAUCUGAUGCCUAUCAUUACUCCUGCCUACCCCUCCAUGUGCGCGACCCACAACGUCUCGAUGUCCACCAAGGCCGUCAUUCUUCGUGAACUCCAACGUGGUGGAGACAUCGUGGACAAGAUUUUCUUGAAACAGCUGCGCUGGGAAGAUCUGUUCGCGCGACACACAUUCUUCACCAAGGAUUACAAAUACUACCUCAGCAUCACUGCAUCGAGCAGAACCAAGGAGGCAGAGUCGGUCUGGUCUGGUCUUGUUGAAUCUAAGAUCAGACACCUUGUUGGAGCUCUGGACAGAAAAGCAACUAUCGCCAUCGCGCACCCCUUCCCCAAGGGAUUCGAGAGAGUUCAUCGUGUCUCUUCGGAUGAGGAAAUAGAGGCUGUCAAGACUGGAUCUACCAAGUACCAAGAUAAGGGAACAAAGACUGAGACCACCGAUGAGAUGAAGGAUGCGGCCCACCAGGCUGCGGCCCAGAACGGGGCAGAGAACACUGAUGUUGCAGCAGCCGAGAAUAAGCCCGUUGAUGACACCCAUGUCAUGUACACGACGACUUACUAUAUCGGGUUGGAGCUCAAGCCACUCGAGCCAGGAUACCAGCCCGGUAUCAAUGAUCUAGCGAUCACCCACGUCCGCAACUUUGAUCUUCCCGAGGAUGUGUUCCAACCGGGAGAGACUCGCCCUACCCGCCCGAAGAAGAAGAUCGUCAAGAAAGCCGAGAUCAGCGGCCAGAAACGCAACAUCGAAUCCUUGGACGUAAGUGCAAGCAAGAAAGCCAAAGUAGCUUACGAGCAGCGAACCGGCUACCAUACGAACUUCGACUCUUCGCAAGUCGCCUAG